AUGUUCUCGAUAGCACGCGCUAUUCGAUCGCGGUGUUCAACACAAGCAUGGCAGUCGUUUUCCAGACGCUAUUCUGCACCUGCAGACCUCACGACAGACGGGGAAAGGACUAUCUAUGCUAAGCUUACGGAUAGAUUCUCGCCGUCGGAGCUACUCGUUCAGGACGUUUCUGGUGGUUGUGGAUCGUUCUAUGCGAUUACCAUCGCGAGCGACGCGUUCAAAGGCCUACCGAUUGUCAAGCAGCAUCGCCUAGUGAAUGACGUGCUCAAGGAGGAGAUCAAGGGUAUACACGGCCUGCAGGUAACAGUUCCGCCGAUAGCAAUAUACCUUCCGGAUCUGACCGUUGUUUAG